CAGCAACCACCUAUUAUUCUGCUAAAGGAAGGGACUGACAGUUCCCAAGGUAUUCCCCAACUUGUAAGUAAUAUCAAUGCUUGUCAAGUUAUAUCAGAAGCCAUUCGUACAACACUUGGUCCAAGAGGAAUGGAUAAACUUAUUGUUGAUGGUAGAGGCAAAGCUACAAUUUCAAAUGAUGGUGCUACUAUAUUGAAACUGUUAGAUGUUGUCCACCCAGCAGCAAAAACUUUAGUUGAUAUUUCUAAAUCACAAGAUUCUGAAGUUGGAGAUGGUACAACUACUGUUACACUCCUUGCAGCAGAAUUGCUUAAACAAGCUAAGUGCUUUGUUGAAGAGGGUGUCCAUCCCCAGCUCAUCAUUAGGGCCUACCGUCAAGCUACCAACCUUGCUAUUGAAAAGAUCAAAGAAAUUCAAGUUCAGAUUAAAACUGAUGACCCAAAAGAACAGCGUGGCUUACUAGAGAAAUGUGCGUCUACUGCACUCAACUCAAAAUUAAUUGCAAGUUACAAAGACCUCUUUGCUCCCAUGGUAGUGGAUGCGGUGACACUCCUUGAUGAUCUGCUUCCUCUAAAGAUGAUUGGGAUCAAGAAGAUUUCAGGAGGAGCACUGGAGGAUUCCAAGCUGGUUUCAGGUGUUGCUUUCAAGAAAACUUUCUCAUAUGCUGGCUUCGAGAUGCAAAGGAAGAAAUAUAAGAAUCCUAAGAUUGCUUUGUUGAAUGUUGAACUUGAGUUAAAAUCGGAGAAAGAAAACGCUGAAGUCCGAGUCAACAAUGUUGAGGACUACCAAGACAUAGUUGAUGCUGAAUGGCAGAUCCUUUAUGACAAGAUGAAACAUAUAUGUGAUAGUGGUGCAGUUGUUGUCCUGAGCAAGUUACCGAUAGGAGACGUAGCAACUCAAUAUUUUGCCGACCGUGACAUGUUUUGUGCUGGUCGUGUCAAUGAAGAAGAUCUUAAACGAACUAUGAAGGCAUGUGGAGGAAGCAUUCAGACAAGUGUUCAACAUCUCACUGAUGAUGUGCUUGGGACUUGUGAGGAGUUUGAGGAAGAACAAGUUGGUGGUGAAAGAUUCAACUUCUUCCGAGGAUGUCCACAAGCGAAGACUUGCACCAUCCUCCUGAGAGGAGGAGCUGAGCAAUUCAUGGAAGAAUCUGAACGAUCAUUGCAUGAUGCUAUUAUGAUUGUUAGACGAGCUAUCAAGAAUGAUGCAGUAGUUGCUGGUGGUGGAGCCAUUGAGAUGGAAAUCAGCAAACACCUUCGUGACCAUGCGCGUACUAUCCGUGGAAAACAACAACUUAUUAUAUCUGCUUAUGGGAAGGCACUUGAGGUUAUUGCAAGACAGCUGUGUGAGAAUGCUGGCUUCGACGCAACUAAUAUUCUGAAUAAAUUGAGACAAGUUCACGCUAAAGAGGAUGGAAAAUGGUAUGGAGUUGACAUCAACAAUGAAGAUAUCACCGAUAACUUUGCAGCUUGUGUGUGGGAACCUUCCAUAGUUAAGAAAAAUGCACUGACUGCUGCAUCUGAAGCUGCUUGUCUCAUUUUGUCUGUGGAUGAAACUGUUAAGAACCCAAGAUCUGGCCAAGGGGACCAAGCGGGACCACCACCGGGCCGUGGUAGAGGUCGUCCUCGCUAAUUUAUUUUUCGCCAUUGGGUAAAAGUGAAAUUGCAUGGUUUCCAACCCACCAGCAAUGUUGUGUGCAUGACGGUUACUUCACGGCAAAUUGUUCCAAACGUUAAAUGUAGCACGAAUAUUAUACAGUUUUGAGUGAAAUAAACGUAUCUUUUCGUA